GGUCAGUGGGCGGGGUUAUCAGGCCCAGAAGCCGAGGCCUCCAUUAGAAAGCGGUCCCUGCAGGCUGUGGGGAGGCGGAGGGACAAGAGUCUCCUACUGCUGCAGAAAUGGCGCGGCAAAUGAACCGAGAUACUGGCCUAAGAGAAAAGGUAAAAAUGUUCCUCGGGUUGGGGCCACCCCGGGGGAAAAGCAAGGCGUCAGAAUGGAAGCAGCCCGAAUAUGUCAUAACCGCAGAAAUGAUGAAGGAGUUGACUUCAGAGAGCCCAUUGCACGUUCGGAUCCGUGCUAUGAACCAGAUCUGUGAGCUUGCGAAAACCAAAAAAUUUGAAGAGCAUGCUUUGGAAGCAGUAUGGAGGGCUGUCUCUGAUCUCAUGCGCCCCGAUCAGCAAGCAGAGGCCAGAUAUAACGUGCUCCAGUUACUAAAGGCCUUGGUUGUGGGACAGGCGGACCGGCUGGGAUUCCUUCGGGCCCAUUUCUUCCGAGUGAUAAAGGACUACCCCACAAAUGAAGAUCUGGCGGAGAGAUUGGAAGUCUUUAAAGCUCUUACUGACAAUGGGCGUGACAUCGCCUAUCUCGAAGAGGAACUGGCGGCCUUUGUACUUCAGUGGAUGGAGCAUGAUUUAACCCCCGAUUUCUUGCUCGUUCUGGUGAAUUUGGUGAAGUUUCACAGCUGUUAUUUAGAACCAUAUAUUGCUCCUAUGGUGCAAAUGAUUUGCUUGCUGUGUAAUCGGACCGCGUCCUCCUAUGACAUUGAGGUCUCCCUGCAGGUUUUAGAUGCCGUUGUCUGUUAUAACUGUCUCCCAGCAGAGAGCAUUCCCACGUUUGUAAUCACACUGUGUCGCACGAUUAACGUGAAGGAACUCUGUGAGCCUUGCUGGAAGCUGAUGAGGAACCUUUUGGGAACGCAUCUUGGCCACAGCGCUCUUUAUACCAUGAGUCGCAUCUUGGAAGAUAGAGUCUACAUGGAAGACGCCCCUCUACUUAGAGGGGCAGUGUUCUUCGUUGGCAUGGGUCUAUGGGGAGCUCACAGAAUCUUCUGUUUGAAAAAUUCUCCUCUUUCGAUCCUUCCCUCCUUCAUGAAGGCCAUGAACUGCCCCAAUGUGGUGGUUUCCUAUGAAAUAGUCUUGUCCAUCACACGACUCAUAAAGAAAUUCGGGACACAGGUGCAGGCUGUCUCGUGGGACCCAGUCAUGGAUGUUAUAGAACGAUUAUUCCAGCAGCUUUCGGCUUUGCGCAGCCACGAGUUAAAGUCGGCUGUGCAUAAUCUUUUGACCUUAGUGGAAGAACUUUAUGAUCAGAAUGUUUUCCAUGGAGAUGUAGAGCGGCUGUUUGAGCUUGUGGAACGAACCUCUGAAGAUCGCCCGGCUUGUUCAGUUAUAAAUCUCAUAACAUACAGAGCCCAGUCCAUCCAUCCCGGGAAAGAAGGAUGGAUCUUGGACUUGCAGAAACUAAUGGACCGAUUCUUCAGAAACGAGUCGCGGAGUAUAAUUCGUAUGAAGGUUCUAGAUGUUCUUUCCUUUGCACUGAGCAUCAACCGACAGUUUUACGAGGAGGAGCUCAUAGAGAAAGUAGUUACUUGUCAGCUUGCCCACAUCCCGGAGGAUAACGAUCACCAGGUCCGUAAACUGGCCACCCAGCUUCUGGUUGACCUUGCAGAAGGCUGCCACUCUUGUCAUUUCAACAGCUUGAUGGACAUCAUUGAAAAGGUUGUAUACCGUUCCUUAUCUACACCUGAGGCUGGGUUUCACGACUCUUCUUCCUUGGAAGAUGUGAAGACAUCAGUCUUGGGGUUGAUGGUCAUCCUACAGACCAAGCUGUAUAUACUCCCAGCCAGUCACGCCAUACGUGUGUACGCGAUGCUGGUCGAACAUAUCCGGCUGCACUACAAGUACCUGUACAGCUCACCUAUUGCUAGCAGCAUCCGGCUGCAGGUGUUUGACUUCCUCCUGCUGCUCCGCGCUGAUUCUCUGCGCCGUGUUGGACUCCCUAAUAAGGACGGCGCUGUGCGUUUCAGCCCUUACUGUUUCUGUGAAAAUGUGAACGAUGCUGAGAAAAAUCAGAGUGAUGGAAAACAAGCCGGCACUUUAUCUCCCCCUGCAGGAACUCAGAGUCUUCCACCGCAGAGCGGGGCUCAACGCAUGGGUUUUCUGCCAUAUUCCUUAGCCUUUGGGGUCCUACUGCAGUGCCUUAAGCAGGAAACGGACUGGAAAGUACUGAAACUGGUCCUCAACAAACUCCCAGAGUGUCUCCGCUACAAGAUUCUUAUCCUGUCCUCUCCUUGCAACGUCGAUGAGCUUUCUACACUUCUCUGCACUAUGCUCUCUGACCGGACAGCAAGUGAUCGUCUUUACAACACUCCUGACGGCUUUUCCCGAACUGAUUUGCAGUUGGCUGUAGUUCCUGUAUUGACGGCGUUGACUUCUUACCACCCAUAUCUAGACAUCGCUAAGCAGAGGGAAAUGAUCCGGGCCCUAGAACAUGGCUUGAUCUAUCGCUGCGCCAAGCAAUGUGUGGUGGCAUUAUCCAUGUGCAUGAUCGAGAUGCCAGUGAUCCUGUUUAAAUCCCUUCCUGUCCUCAUUGUGAAGCUGACCCACAUCUCUGCUACUGUCACCAUGGCCAUUCCCAUGUUGGAGUUUCUAUCGACCCUGGUCAGACUCACCCACCUUUACGGGAACUUUGCGGCAGAGCAAUAUGCCAGCGUCUUUGCCAUCUCUCUGCCAUACACCAACCCAUCCAGGUUUAAUCAAUAUAUAGUGUUCCUGGCACACCAUGUAAUCUCGAUGUGGUUUAUCCGGUGCAGACUGUCACUGAGGAGAGACUUUGUGCCGUAUAUAACAAAGGGUUUGCGUUCCAAUGUCCUGCUGAGCUUCGAUGAUACACCCGAAAAAGGGAGUUUCCGAGCACGUAGCACCAGCCUCAAUGAGAGGCCGAAAAGCUUGAAGCUAUCCAGACCCACAAAGACAAGCUUGAGUGACACCUCCCCAGUUAAAGAAAUGAGGGACCUUUCCAACGCAUUCCGAUCUCGCAGCAUCAGUGUAUCGGAACGCGCUGCGUACAGCCGUAUGCAGUCAUCCGUUACCAGCUCGAGCUUAAGCUCAGCCGAUGAGAGCUCUGUGUCCCAGGCCGAUGAAAGCCUAAAAAAUCUUCACCUGGAACUGACCGAGAUUUGUCUGGACAUGAUGGCCAGAUAUGCCUUUGCAAACUUCACCGCUGUACCAAAGAGGUCACCUGUUGGAGAGUAUCUCCUGGAUGGCGGAAGAACAAAGACUUGGAUGGUUGGCAACAAGUUGAUCACGGUCACUACUAGUGUGGGGAAAGGGACUCGAUCUUUGCUUGGCUUGGACACUGGAGAGAAUCCGGAUGACGAAGAAUCCGGUUCAGGCACCAACACGGAGCAGGAUCUUCCUUCCAAGCUCGAUCUUCAUGGGCGAAUGGGUAUGCAGCACAGAAUCCGCUCCUUGUCUGGUGGACACGGACUCCGAGCAGGUUCAUUAGAUGGUUCUAAAGGUCAAUCAACAAGCAGGGUUCCACAUCGUGCACCAGUCAAGGAGAAGGUCACCCUGACGCUGGCUGAUUAUAUGCCAGUACUAACACAAGGCUGGGCUGAAAUAACCGUUCGGAGGCCAACUGGAACCACGAGCUGGCUCAUGAGUGUGGAGAACCCACUGAGUCCAUUUUCAUCUGACAUCAACAAUAUGCCUCUUCAGGAGCUGUCUAAUGCCCUGAUGGCCGUGGAACGAUUCAAAGGGCAUCGAGAGACAGUGCUGUACAAAUCGCUUUCAAUGCCUGCCUCCACUCUCACCGAUUCCAAACCCUCCCUCCAACGAUCUAAUACAGUGGCUUCUAUCUCUCACGCCUCCCAGUCCAGUGGCCAAGGGAAGCUGCUUAGGAGCAUUUCCUGGGCAGAAUCAUCUGUUGUGCCGGAGGAAGGAUCCCUACCAGAGGAUCCACCUGAGGAUGUGACUUCUCCUGCCAGCUCUCAGGAGUUGGAUGACUUUGAGGCAGUAACCAAUGCAGAGACCCCACGUGAAGUGAAAGCAGAGAAGUCAUCAGAUGGAAUAACGAGGUCUUCAUCUACAUCCAGUCAAGAAGACUCUGCAGCUACUCAAUCUGAGCAGUCAGAAAGUCGUGGGAUUCCCAUAGAAGGUUCUGGCCGAGAGAUUGCUUUCCAACCCUCACAAACCUUGAGCAAGUCCAGCUCGUCUCCUGAACUUCAGACGUUGCAGGAGCUUCCAAAAGAACCAGAGACAAAGGAUGAAAUUAAGGAACCACCCUUAGUGCCAGAACCUGAACCCCAAACCAAAGAGAAUGGCACAGACAAAGAAGCUCCCCCAAGCCAGGUCAACAAGCAAGAGCAAGAAGUUAAUGGUGGUGGUGCUGGAGCAAUUCCAAAGUCAUCAGUGAGCCCCAGAGAAGAACCUGGGACACCAAAUCAAUCACAGCAGUCUUCUAACGGAUACCGUCCCAGAGGACACACCAUUUCAGACUCUGAACCUUCUAGGAGGGGCAGGAGGAUUAAUGUUGAUGUUUUUAAGAACCGCACCAAAUCGACAAAAGCUGAGAAAGUGCCUGGAAUAGACCCGAGUUUUGUAUUCCUACAGCUGUACCACUCGCCCUUCUUUGGUGAUGAGUCUAACAAGCCCAUACUUGUACCAAACACAGAGACAUUUGAAAGAACAAUGAGCCUGCUGGAUGGUAUUCCUUCUUAUGAUACACACAAGAUUGGUGUCCUGUAUGUUGGAGAGGGGCAGAUUGGUAACGAGGCUGCAAUCCUGUCCAAUGAGCAUGGAUCCUACAGGUACACAAAGUUCCUGACCGGAUUGGGGAAGCUUAUUGAAUUGAGAGACACCCAGCCUGAUAAGAUCUUUCUAGGUGGCUUGGAUGGGAGUGGAGGUGACGAUGGACAGUUCACUUACUGUUGGCACGAUGACAUCAUGCAAGUCAUCUUUCAAAUCACCACCCUAAUGCCAAACAAUGACAUCGAUCCACAGCGUUGUAAUAAAAAGCGACACGUUGGGAACAACUUUGUCAACAUUGUGUACAACGACUCGGGAGAAUUUUACAAGCUUGGAACCCUCAAGGGCCAGUUUAACUUUGUUGAUGUCAACAUUCAGCCAUUGGAUUGUGACAGUAACCUGGUCACUCUGCAAUGUAGGAAAGAUAUGGAAGGUUUGGUUGAUAUCUCCGUGGCCAAAAUUGUGUCUGAUAGAAACCUGCCGUUCCUGGCUCGUCAAAUGGCUUUACAUUCAAACAUGGCCUCGCAAGUCCACCAUAGCAGAUCGAACCCCACCGAUAUUUAUCCUUCGAAAUGGAUAGCCAGGCUACGGCACAUCAAGAAGAUUAGACCCAAGAUCCACAACGAGCUGUUGGAGAUAAAUGCAAAUCUGCCCUAUCCAAGUUAUGUGCUAGCUAACAAGCAACCCCCACCAAGUCCAAUAAAUCCUAACGGACCUUUUGAAACUGGACAGAGAACCAGGCUAAUUUCGGGUGUAGACGACUUCACGGAGUUUGCGUAACUUUUUAGUCAACGAGCGAUUGUUUAAUAUUGCUAAUCCGGUAGUUGUGCAGAAUAGAGAAAAGAAUUGCAACUUGUAGCCCAAUAGAACCAAACUUAAGGUUUUUUCCAAUUUUGGUUCUUUGUCCGUUUUAUCUUGUCAACUUUCAGCAAUUUACAGUUCAGUAAAUAAACCUGUAAGAUCUGAAUGAAUGGUACGCGAGAAGCUUGACCAAGAGACUGCGAUGGUGUGGGUUUACAAAGUUUCUCCAGACUUCUAAACACUGUGAGGCCCUAAAUUACAAAACCAUGCUGAGAUUGUCUGGGAAUUCUUUUUCAAAUAAGACUCUCAAUAUAAAUUUUCUGAAUAUUUAAACUCCCAAGCAUUAACUUAUUAAUGACCGGUUAUCUAUGAAGUUAAAAUUAUUUCCUCGUUCUCGAUAACAGUUUAGUUUUUCUUUUUGCAGUGAGAGGAGAUCUUUCUGUCCUAUGAGGACAUUGAAAGUGCAAUUUUUUUAAUUGUGUGGAUUUUUCCUGUCUUCUGUACAGUUCUGAAUUAAAGAUAUGUGAACACUG